AUGACGACAGAUUUAAAUAAAAGACCAUUAAGAACACGACGAAAAAAAACAAUGAAUUCAUUUUAUUAUAACAAUGAUUAUAGCAACGAUUUAAAUAGUGAAGAUACUAAAAGUAAAAUAAAUCUUGUAAAAAAAAACGAUGCAUUAUUAGGAAAAACAAAAGACCAGUCAAAAAGAUAUUCAGAUAUAUAUGAUAAUAAAAACCCAGAAUUAAGUGGCAAUUCAAUUAUGAGUGAUGCAAAUGUUAGUGAUAAUAAUAAUGGAAUGCUUGAUGAAAAAAAAACAGAAAUGUCAGAAGAAAUGAAUACUAAUAAUAUUAGUGAUGAAGAAAGUUUAGCUAAAAUACGAAAUAACAAUAAAAUAGACGAUGAUAUUAUAAAUAUAAAAAGUGAAUAUAAAUUAGAUAAUCCAUCUAAAAUUGAUAAAAAUAAAAAUUAUACUAUUGGUAAUAAUAUUUCUAAUAAAAAUGGUUAUAAUAAAGGAAUAAAAAAUGUAUCUAAUAGUAAUGAAAAUAAUUAUGCUAAAAUGGCAGAAAAAUUACCACAUGUUGUUGGCGUAAGAUUUGAUAAAUCCCAAAAUCGAUGGUUAUCAGGUAUAUGUAUUAAUGGAAGAUGUAUUAAUAGAUAUUUUCCAGUUUAUAAAUAUGGUUUUGAGGAAGCAAGACGCUUAGCUAUACAACAUAGAAAAAAUUUUGAGACUGCUAAUGCAGGAAACCCUAAAAAACAACAAGGUGAAUCUAAAACAUCACACUUAAAUCUUCUCAAUAUUAAUUCAAAAAUACCUAAUGGCUUUAAAGAUAUUCAUGGAAAAAACAAAUUGAUUUUCAAAUAUUUGUCAUACGAUUCUAUUCAAAAGGAGUGGGUAGUGACAUAUGAUUAUGACAGCAAAGUUUUGGUAAAUAAAUUUCCAGUCGAUAUAUACGGAUAUAAUAAUGCUUAUGAAAUGGCUGUUCAAUGUAUUAAUAAGCUAACUAUAUGUAAUCAGAAUAAAAUGAAUAAAAAUCUAAAAAAUGAUAAUGGGAAAAAUAUAAAAUAUGAUUUUAAAAGUACAAAUUCUCAAAGUGAUAUAAAUGAUGAUGAUGAUGACGCAAGUUUUACAUUACGUAAAGAUAAAUUAAAUAAAUUUAUUAAAGCAAAUAAUGAUAGUCAUUUAUUUAAUAAAUUAAAUUUAGAAGAUAAAGAUGGUAUUAGCAAUCGUAUAUCUUCUAAUUUAAAUAAUGGACACCCUCAUAAUAUAAACGAAUAUGAUAUUGAAAAAAAUCAUAAUAAAAUGGGAUUUGAUAUGAGCAAUUUUAAUCAAACCGAAAAAAUGUUAAAUGAUCCUAAUUUUUAUAAAUAUGACACCUCAGCUUUAGAUAAUGAUGAAAAUAUUGGAAAUAAUAAUGAUGAUAAUAAUUUAUUACAAAUUUAUAAUGAAGCAUAUUUAAAUGAUGAUGAAAAAAAUACAUACAAUAUAUUAAAUAACAUGGUUAGACGUAAUAAUAGUAAAAACAAACAAUUGGGUAAUAGAACAUUUGAUAAUCAAACAGAUGAAGAUGGUAAUGUUAUAUCUAAUAAUGACCGAAAUAAAAUAAAUGGAAGUAUUGAUGGACUUACACAUGAUCAACUAUCUAAUGAAAACUUAGAUAAUUUAAACAAUAGUGAACAUUUUAAACAUUAUAAUGAUGAUCUAAAUUCAUUAUUAGAAUCCAACAAAAUGGAUAACAAAUUUGAAGAUGGUAAAGAUGCAGAUUCAGUACUUAAUGAAAAAAAAACACAAGAAAAUACUAGUUAUGAUAGCAUAUUUAGUUUCAAUAGAAUUAUUAAAAACAUAUUAAAAGGAAAUCAAAAUGAAACACCUAAUGAGCAAAUUACCAAAGGAAUUAAUAUAAUAAAAAGUAUGAAAAAAAAUGAUAAAUUAAAAGUUCAUAAAUCUACCGAAGAUUAUGCUAGUAGUAACAAUGGAGAUAUAGAUGAUGCUCCUGAAGAAAAUGGUGAUGGACAUUAUAACUAUUCAAAUGGUAAUAUUAGUGGUGUAAAAAGAGGAAGAAACACAAAUAAAAUACGACAAAGAACAAAAAGAAAACAAAAAAAUAAUAAUAAUAACAAAUAUUUUAUUGUAAAAAAUGACGAAGAUGUUAAUGAGGAAAAUGAUAUCAGUAUUGCUAAAAUCGUUGUUAACAAUUUAAAUGAAAAAAAAGCAAAUGAACAAAUUGAAGGUAAUGAAUUAGAAUCAAAUACUAAGAAUACAGAAGUUCCUUCUCAAACAGAGGAAAAUUUAAUUCAACCUGGAGAAAACAAUAAUCAAGCAGGUGAACAAAAUGAUGAAAUCGAAAAAACAGAAGGUGUUGAUCCUAAUAUGAAUAAUGAAUCGAAUGAAAACACAAAACAAAAUACACCAACACUUAAUGAUUUAUCUGGUGAAAAUGCAAAUAUAACUAAUAACUCUGACUUCAAUGAAGCUGCAUUAAAAUUAAGUCCAUGGAAAAAAGGAAUAGAAUGGAAUCAAACAAAAAAUAAAUGGACAUGCCAAUUAUGGAAUAAUGAGGGAAAUCCAAUUACUAAGCAUAUUUAUAUAAAAAAUAAAGAAGGAAUAAAAAUUGCAUAUAAUUAUUGUGUACAAAUUCGUCUACAAUCUUUUGAUUAUUAUUUAACAAAUGUAUUAAACAAAUUUCCAAAGAUCGAGGAAAUAUCUUAUACCCUAGAAAAUCCAUGUUUUAUAUUAAGUUAUAAAGAUAACGAAAAAAAAAAAUAUUAUUUUCAAGAAGAGGGAAUAUAUAAUUCUUUUAUAUCUUGUGUAGAAUAUUUAAAUCAAUUGAAAAGUGAAAAUGAGGAAACAUUAUACAAUAUAGAUAGUUUCAUAGAAGAACACAGGGAUAACAUAACUUCAGAAAAUGAAAUAAAUGAUGAAAAUAAUAACCCUGAUGAAGAUAAAAAAUCAAGCACUCUUCGAGAAUUAGAAAAUUUAAUGAAAGAUAUGAAUUAUUUUGAGCAUAAAAAAACAAUAUUCGAUAAUAUGUCUGAAGAAUCAAAAACUGCUUAUAGCAUAAAACCAUGGGCAAAAGGAAUUGUAUGGGAAGAAAAAGUGAAAAAAUGGAUUGUAUUUUUUAAAGAUAAAAAUCAAAAUCUUCGAAUUAGUUUCUUUAAUCCAUGUGAUUAUAAUAAUGAUGUAAUACUGUCUUAUAAUAAAUGUUAUGAAUAUUUUAAUCAAAUAAAAGAAUCAAAUAAUUUUGAUGAAAACACCGAAGAAUUUUCAGAAAGUAUUAGACAAUUUAUUAAAAGUAUCGAAUUUGAUAAAGUAAUUGAUUAUAGUAAAAAUAAUUAUAGUCAUAUUGACAAAAAUGGAAGUGCAAGUUCAGCUAGUAGUAAUAUUAGUAAUGAUAGUUCUAAAAAUAUAUAUAAAAGAAAAAAAAAAAAAAAAAUUAAUUCAUAUGACGAUUCUCAUGAUUUAGCUGAUGAAUCACAAUAUAGAAAAAAUAAUAAUCAAUUAGGAAAUACAAAAUAUCGAAUAAGUAUUAAUAAUAUAGAUAAAAAUUUAUAUAAUAGUUAUGAACCAUCAAAUGACGAGAUGGGAAUGCUAGAUUAUAAUUCACCAGGAUAUUAUAAAUAUUUUAAUGGAAGUGAUUUUUAUAAUAAUAGUAUAAAUGGUAAAUCAAAACAUGAAAAAAGUUCAAGAAGAAAUCAAAAAAAUAAAUUAAAAAAAAACAUGUUUGAUGAUAUUGAUAUUGAAUCAACAAAUAACGAUGAAAUGAAAAAAAAAUAUUUAAAUUUUGAUGAUACUAAUAGUAAUAUAAAUAAUGAUUAUUCAAUUGGAGAUAGAAGUUUUAAAAUGGAUUAUUCUGAAUUUGAAAAUAAUACAAAAGAAAAUCCAAUGAAUGAGUAUGGAGAUUCAAAUGCAUAUUUUAGAGACGAUCUUUUAUCACCCUCUUCUAGUCGUACACUCGCAAGAGAUAUUCCAUUUGAUUCAAAUAAUGGAAAUCAUAGAAUUGGUAAUAAUACUUAUAACAUGCUUGGAAUAAAUACUAUAGAUUGUAAUAGUAGCGAUAUAGUAAAUGGAAGUUCAAGUGAAAGAUGCCCUAAUGAAAUGAAUAUGAUAAAAGAUGGAGGAAGUGAUGUAUCUGGGGCUACGCCUUAUGGAAGAAACUUAGAUAUUGAAUAUGGAAAAGGAUCAAGAAAUUCUGAUAAAUAUAGUAACAUAGAUAAUAAAUCUAUCAAUAAAAGUACUGAAAAAUUAGAUAGUCUUUUAGAUGGAGGUCCAAAUAUUCGAUUACCAAAAAGUGAAAUUUUAAAUCAAGCUGCAAGUUUACCAAAAUUACAAGGUAUGUUUUUUGAUAAAAGAAGAAAUUAUUGGACUGUUAGUGUAUGCGGUUUUAGAAAAUCUUUUGGAGUUAGAACAAGAGGUGUUUAUCAAGCAUAUAAAUUAGCUGCUGAAUUUAGAAAUCGAAUUCUAGAAACAAAUAAAGGAAAAUGCUAUCCUCAAAAAGGUCCCGCAGCGGCAAAUAGUUAUAAAUAUAAUUUAAAAAAUGUUAAUGGAUUAACUAAAGAAGAAAAAGCAAACUUUUUACGAGACAAUGAAUCUCUUCAAGCAUCAUCAGGAGUAGAAAAUUCAUACAAUAAUAAAGGAAACUCAUUAACUAUCAUGAAUAAUACUGAUAAAGAUUUACUAUAUACCCCUAGUGAUAGACGAAGCAAUUUUAAUCUUAAAGACACAGAUGGAAGUGUUAUAAAUGAAAAUAGCAACAAUGACGCACCAAAUAUUUAUGAAUAUUUAUUAGAAAAUAAAAUGAAUUCGAAUAUUUUAAAUAAUAACAACCUAUUAAAAGCCACAUAUUUACCUAGUAGUGCAGCCAACAGUGUAAGCCAUGAUGAAAAUUAUUCAGAUAUGGUAUAUGACGACAGAAUAAAUUAUACUGGUAAAUCGAAGAAAAAGUUAGAUAAAAAAUAUAAAUCUAACAAUAACAUGGAUCCAAAUUUUAUGAAUUAUAUGAAUGAUGGAACAUAUGAUAUGAGAGAAGAUAAAAAUAAUAAUUCCUUAUUUAAAAAAUCUGGAAAUAAUCAAAACAAUGGAAGUGACAAUAAUAAUGUCUCACCAAGUAAUACCGCCAUUAGUAAUUUAGGAUCAGGCCUAAAUUAUUCUCCUACUAAUAUAUACGAAAUAGAUAACACACAUAAUACUCUCGAUUAUUACAUUAAGAGAGAAAAUACUGCAAAUGGAUUAGGAAAAUUAGAAGAUUUAAAAAAUAUGAAAACUAACAAUUAUAAUCAAACUUCCUCAUUUUUAAAAGGUGAUGGUAUAAAUGAAAAUAAUAUGUAUUCUAAAAAUUUAAAUAAUGGAGAUUAUGAGGAUACCCAAAAUUUAAUGAAUAAUAAAAUGAACUCUCAUAAUUUAGAAGAUAAACUUAAUCGACCUUAUUCAAAUAAUAUGCUAUAUAAUAAUUCGGAAACUAAUAACUAUGAAAAUACUAGCAUUCAUAUAAAUGGUAAUAUAAAUAGUAAAGAUGAUUUAUACAAAAAUUAUAAUUUAGAUGGGGAAAAUAAAAUGCUUAAUUUAAAUACAAUAAUCGAUGAAACAAUAGAAGAAAGAGAUAUAAGAAUAAAUAAAGAAGUAAAUAAAUGUAAAUUUGUAGAUGGACUAAUAUAUGAUGAAGCUAAUAAAUGUUUUAGAAUUAAAAUUAAUGGAUAUAGAAAAGCUUAUUCUGUUAUUAGACGAGGUGUAAAAGAAGCUUAUAAAUUAAGUAUUGAAGCUAUACAACAAAUUAAAAAACAAUCCAAACCAAAUAAUUAUAAUAAUUCCGAACAACCACAAAUUAAUUCAAAUAAUCUAACUCAUUUUUACAAUUCAAGUUCAGAAACAUCGAAACAUGGUUACGCUUAUAAUUAUCAAUACCUUAAAAAUAAGCAAAAUGGUCAACAAGAAUGUGGAGAAGACAUUUUUGAAAAUUAUACGGGCCAAAGAAAUGCCAACAAAAAUAGUAACAACCCAUAUAUGGAUGCCAUUGGAAGACGAAAUUUCUCUAGCGAUAAAAAGAACAAAGACGAGCUUUCUUUCCCUAUUUUAAAUAUUGACGACAGUUACUAUGAAUUACUUAAAACUGCCAUAAUAAUUUGUUUAAAUGAUAUUCUUAUGAACUCUAUUCCUAAAAUUUUUCAUUUAUAUAAAAAUUUGAGUAUAAUAGAGGAUGUUAAAAUUGAAGAUAUAUUAAAUGUAGAAAGAAAGAGAAAAGAACAAUCCUUAAAAUAUCAUAUAGAAUAUACCCAAAAUUCCAUAGGAGUAUCAUCACUUAUUCCAUAUCUUAAAUUAUUUAGUACUGAAAUUUUAAACAAUAUUUUACCAUCAGCUCAAUCUUUAGAAAUUCAAAGACUUAUUAUUCAUUCCCUUGAUUUACAAGCUUAUAAUGCAUCAUGUUGA